CCGGAAGUUGGGGAUGGGACUAGGAUAAGUGACCGGAAGCGAACCUUUGCCAACCGGCCCGGAAGGAAAGGGAGAAGGGGGAGGAGGCGGGAGCUUCUCAUCCCGGACCCGUAGAGGGGUCCCCCAGGUCCAGCCAUGAAACUGAAGCUGAAGAACGUCUUCCUGGUCUAUUUCCUGGUGUCCCUCUCCGGCCUCCUCUAUGCGCUCCUGCAGCUGGGCCAGCCCUGCGACUGCUCCCCACACCUCCGAGCUGCGGCCGAGCACCUGCGCAGGAAAGACCUGAAGAUCUCCCAGCUGCAGGCCGAGCUCGGCCGGCCGCCCCCUGCUCCUGCCCAGCCCCCCGAACCCGAGGCUCUGCCCAUCAUCUACGUCGUGACCCCGACCUAUGCCAGGCUGGUGCAGAAGGCGGAGCUGGUCCGCCUGUCCCAGACGCUGUCCUUGGUGCCCAGGCUGCACUGGCUGCUGGUGGAGGACUCCGAGGGCCCCACCCCGCUGGUCUCGGGGCUGCUGGCCGCCUCCGGCCUCCACUUCACUCACCUGGUGGCCCUGACCCCGAAGGCGCAGAGGCUUCGGGAAGGGGAGCCCGGCUGGGUCCGGCCCCGGGGCGUGGAGCAGAGGAACCGGGCCCUGGCUUGGCUGCGGGGGAAGGAGGCCGCGGUCGGCGGGGACAGGGAGCCGCCGCCUCCGGGGGCGCGGGGGGUCGUCUACUUUGCUGAUGACGACAACACCUACAGCCGGGAGCUCUUUGAGGAGAUGAGGGGAACCCGCGGCGUCUCCGUGUGGCCGGUCGGGCUGGUCGGUGGUCUGCGCUUCGAGGGCCCCCAGGUGCAGGGGGGCCAGGUGGUUGGCUUUCACACAGCCUGGGAGCCCGAGCGGCCCUUCCCUCUGGACAUGGCCGGCUUUGCCGUCUCGCUGCCCCUCCUCCUGUCCCGGCCUGGCGCCCAGUUUGACCCCACGGCCCCCCGCGGCCACCUGGAGAGCAGCCUCCUCAGCCAUCUCGUCGACCCCAAGGAUCUGGAGCCCCGAGCUGCGAACUGCACGCGGGUGCUGGUGUGGCACACGAGGACGGAGAAGCCCAAGAUGAAGCAGGAGGAGCAGCUGCAGCGGCAGGGCCGCGGCUCGGACCCCAGCGUCGAGGUGUGAGCCCGCGCCGCCCAGUCCAUGGGACGUAGCCGUGCUAGAGGACCUCGUUCCCUCACCUUCCAAGGACCGCGCAGGCUCCCAAGGUCGCGACCCUCCAGAUGCCGGGUCUGCCCCCUGGGCCUAGGGGAUGCCGGGACCAUUUCCAGGGCUGCUCCUCCCCCCGAUUGCCACGUGGAGCUCGCCAGAGAGAUCAAGUGGACAGUGGUGUCGAGCCGGGUCAGCCCCGGGCCGGUGGCCCCGACUGGAAGUGCAGCCGUGACUGCUGGAUGGGGGGUGCUGUCCAGUUACUCGUGGGCAUGGGCAUGCAUCGCAGGGGCCCGAUCGGGGGGCUGCGGGGUCCCUCCCCACAGUAAGCAUGUUCCCCCAUUCCUACCUCCAGAAUAAAGUACGUCAAGCCUCUGA